AUGGAUCCACCACAAUACUCCCACCUGAACAAAAAUCUGGCAAGCAUUAUACGUGAAUACGCAGCCGUUAACGCAAUGAGACCCGACGUGGCCGAGCUCGCAAAGCUACCAGAGUAUCUGGCCUUGCUCAUGGGAGUCUUUGAGAACCAUAUUGCUUUGGUCACGACGCGUUCUCAAGCUUUUGAAGAUGGCCAGAUCACCCUGUACGACAGAGCCUUGUUGAUUCUUACUAGUAAUGGGAAAAAUAUGCAUAACCUUGGAGCCAUAGAGCUGUUCCUUGAUGAGAUUCUGGGAGUGAAAAAGAACUCCAACGCUGAAGAUGUAGCGCAGAUUAUUCAAAAGAAUAUCGCGCUCAGAUCCAUUGUGUCGCAGGUCAUGCACCCACAGGAAGAGCAUGUCUCUGAGCAACAUGGCAAAGAGCAAAAUGGACAGACGAAUAUCAACAUAAAAAAGGAUACGGAACAAAGAGAGCCUCCAACGGCCGUUGAAGACAGUGACCCUCGCAUCGCCAGGAUGCUCAAGACAUUCAGUAAAGCAAAAUCCGAGUUUCACUCAAUCCGCAACAGCGACAAAGGCAGCAAAUACCUCGCGGCAAAAUUCCUGCGAGACACGGCAGAGAACACCCUUACGUAUUUCCGCGACAUGGGCAUCCAUGACCACGAGAUGAUCCCGCAUAUUAAGGCAGCGUACUGGCUUGGCCACAACAAGACGCUUGAAGACACUGGAAGAGCCCGCCCGUUUGAAAUGGGGACGGAGGACUAUGGUAUUCGGGCGCGGCGCCUGCGCGAUUCUCGUCUCAAUGCUGGGCGCUCUGGCUGCUACCGGCCGGGAACUAGGGGGUAUUCUUACUCAUCUGGCAAAUCAAGAUCCCGCUAUCCCCGGCACGCGUAA